CCCAGAGGCAGUGCAAGGAUUAAAUCGGACUUGCUCCAAACCUAGUCUUUAGGUCAUGGCCCGAACUGAAUAGACACCACUGUCAACAUGAAGGGGGCUGUCUUUUGGGGGUCCCUGUUGGAACUGGGAAACGCAAGUGGAAACGCUUCGCUAAUGAUGAGGGACCAGCUUCGGGGCCUGGAGUUGGAGAGACCAGACGGCAUGGCAGGGCAGUUCCCGAGCUCAGGCAUUCGCGGGAGUACUGGCACUGACGGCCCAGCUGGAGCGGUGGUGAGGAUUCUCCUCAGUGUGGUAUAUUCAGUGGUGUGUGCCUUGGGGCUGGUGGGCAACCUCCUGGUCCUGUACCUGAUGAAAAGCAAGCAGGGCUGGCGUAAGUCCUCCAUAAACCUCUUUGUCACUAGCCUGGCCUUGACUGACUUCCAGUUCGUGCUCACCCUGCCCUUCUGGGCUGUGGAGAACGCACUAGACUUCACCUGGCCCUUCGGCAAGGCCAUGUGCAAAAUCAUCGCUACUGUGACAGCCAUGAAUAUGUACGCUAGUGUCUUCUUCCUCACGGCCAUGAGUGUGGCGCGCUACCACUCCGUGGCCUCUGCUCUCAAGAGCCUCCGGCCCAGAGGACGGGGUAGGGGCGGUGGCUGGAGGAGAGUCCUCCGGGCCGGCAGAGGCUGUGGCUGGUGCUUUUCAACCAAGGCUCUCUGCGUGCUGAUCUGGGUCUCGGCGAUGCUGGCCUCUUUGCCCCAUGCUAUCUUCUCCACCACUGCCACAGUGAUGGAUGAGGAGCUCUGCUUGGUACGCUUCCCGGACAAGCCGCGGAUCGGGGACUCUCAGUUCUGGCUAGGGUUGUACCACACACAGAAGGUGCUGCUGGGCUUCGUGCUGCCCCUAGGGGUGAUCAGCCUCUGCUACCUGCUACUGGUGCGCUACAUCUCCGAACGUCCCGUCCGGGGAGGUGGAGGCGCGGGCGUUGAGCCUGGUAUUCCGAGUGCUUCUGGAAAAGGUUGCAGCAGCGCGGCUGGAGCCAGCGCCAAGAGGCGUUCUAAAGUUACCAAGUCUGUAACUAUCGUCGUACUGUCGUUCUUCUUGUGCUGGCUGCCUAAUCAGGCUCUGACUACCUGGGGUAUCCUAAUCAAGCUGAAUGUGGUGCAUUUCAGCCACGAGUACUUCCUGAGCCAGGUGUACGUGUUCCCAGUGAGCGUGUGCCUGGCUCACUCUAAUAGCUGCCUCAACCCCAUCCUCUACUGUCUCAUGCGCCGAGAGUUUCGCAAGGCUCUUAAAAGCCUGCUCUGGCGCAUCGCCUCACCCUCGCUCACUAGCAUGCGCCCCUUCACCGCCACUACUAAGCCUGAGCCGGAGGAACAGGCCCUGCAGACCCUCGCUCCCCUGCAUGCUUCGGUGGAGCCCGAUCUCCUCUACUGCCCACCUGGAGUCGUUGUCUACAACGGAGGGCGUUAUGACCUGCUACCUACUAGCUCAGCGGAGCAACGCUACUGAAGUAAGAAGACUGAUCAAGGAGCGAAGUGGAGGGCGGAGGGGCGGAGGUGUGGAGCGAAGUAGGUGAUUCCCUUCCCCCAGGAGUGGGGAAGGGACAGAGAGACAGAGGCAGGCAGAGGUAGACACAGACACAGGGACAGAGAGAACAGAUGUAGAACUGGAGAGGACCAGUAAGAGUAGGCAUUGGGUGUAGGAUGGAAGGUGAACCAAACUGGCAAGGUGACUCUGAGGACCCUCCAGAAAAUAAGGGGAGAGACACUGAGGAGGCAGGCUGCACCAAUGAAAAAACAAACAAACAAAAAAACCGCUAACGAGACCUAAAGUUAGGCAAAGAGGUAAAUUGUGGUGCUGUAUGCCUUCUUCCUCACCUUGCUUGGGCGAGAGAUCGCUCCAGAUCUUAGACAAGUCCGUUCUUGUUGAGACUAGGUUGUGGACAGAGGGGAGGAGUGUCUAGUCUCUGGAGAAGAGGGAUGAGAAAGCUUUCUGGAGAAGGGGAACUGGCCAGAGUGGGGAGGAAAGGUGUAAGUAAGAGGUUCAAUCUAUUAGACCCAUAUAAGCUUUGAGCCCCUCAGAAAUGCUUCCACUUUUCCUUCUUACCUCCAAGGCUAUCUUUGCUCCCGGGGCUAGGUAGGUAAGGGGCAGUUCUGCUGUCCUUCCUUCCCAAAAAGAGCAGAUGCUCUGAGAGGAGAGUAAGAACUCAACGAUUUCUCCUUAGGAGAGGAGAUUCCCUUUCAGUUGGACAGGGCACACUUCACUCUCAUUCCGGGAGGAACUGUCACUUUUUGUAAAGCUGGGAAUUCACAGUGGUCAAGAGCAGCCCUGGACUAUUUAGGACUCGAAAAGGCCUGGCCUGGGUUGACUCCUGAAGACAUCCUCAGAAAUCUCUCGCCAUCUUCUGUCUGGGAAGACACUUCUGGUAGACUCUGAGGACCCAGCCCCUAACCAUGAGUUUCUGUAAUCUAAAGGAAGUAAGACUGGCUCCUAUCGCAUGACUUUUGGGAGUAGGGAGAGCGCUGAGGGGCCAGAACCUCCAUUAUGCACUUGGACUCAACAGGGAGCCCUUAAUCUCACCGACUCUUAUUAAUGCCUCCAGAGAUACUUGCUCUUUGCUUGUCAGCGGUG